CCCUCUCUUCUGCAUCAUGGCGCAAACUUUCGGCUCUCUGCUUGCACUGCUACUCAUCUCCUACCUCUCCAUCACCAUGGCAACGGCGGCCUACAACGUGGUGGACUUUGGCGCCAAGCCGGACGGGCGCACCGACGCGGCCAAGGCGUUCCUCGCUGCAUGGGCGGCCGCCUGCGGGUCGAACCAGCCGGCGACGAUCAUCGUUCCGUCGGGCGGGUUCCUGGUAAGCCAGGCGCUCUUCAGCGGCCCCUGCAGUAACACCGGGAUGAGGAUGUUCAUCAAGGGGACCCUCAUGGCUCCCGCUGGUUACAGUGAUUCCACACAGUGGAUUACCAUCAAGUAUGUGGAAGGGUUGUCCAUCUAUGGCGGAAGGCUGGAUGGGCGGGGACAGGCCUUCUGGGCCUGCAAGAACGCUCGCCGGAGCUGCCCCUACGGUGCCACGUCAUUAACUAUUGGGCAGUCGAAGAACCUCUUGUUGAGUGGCAUAAGGCUGGUCAACAGCGAGCUCUUCCACAUGUCCAUCUUCGCUAGCAGUGGCAUCACACUGCAGGGUGCAACCAUCACAGCACCGGACGACAGCCCCAACACCGACGGUAUCCAUAUCCAGAUGUCUAGCUUCGUCACGAUCACCGGAUCGACCAUGAGGACCGGCGACGACUGCAUCUCCAUGGGGCCUGGUUCCACCGAUGUGUGGAUCGAGAAUAUCAAGUGCGGCCCUGGCCACGGCAUCAGCGUCGGAAGCUUGGGCGGCGAAGCACAGGAAGCCGGAGUGCAGAACAUAACGGUGAGGGCCGUCGAGUUCACGGGGACGCAGAACGGGUUGAGGAUCAAGACAUGGGCGAAGCCGAGCAAUGGCUUCGUGAAGGGGGUCACCUUCGAGCACGCCGUCAUGAAGAACGUCCAGAACCCGAUCGUCGUCGACCAGAACUACUGCCCCGGCACCGUGAACUGCCCCGGCCCGAGCUCAGGAAUCAAGAUUAGCCAGGUGAAAUUCAACGACGUCCAUGGCACAUCGGCGACCCAGGUGGCGGUGAAGCUCGACUGCAGCCCGAGCAACCCGUGCACUGGAAUCGAGUUGCAGGACAUCAAGCUCACUUACCAGAACGAGCGGUCCCUGUCCUACUGCAAGAAUGUGAAAGGGACUGCCUCAGGAGUUAUGAUCCCAUCCAGUUGCCUCUGAACCAUGGCGCCAUGGCAUUGCAUCAGAUAGUGUAUGCUACCAUAUAUUGUAUCUUUAGGCCGUCUCCAGCUGACUGGCCCCCGACGUUCACCGGAGUUGUGGUGAACGGAGCUGUCGCAGUUCUUGAGAGACUAGAUUUGUGUCUUAUGGUCAUGUUGUUUGUGGGAACAACAAAGAAAUCAAGCACUAUUUGCUAUGUGCCGCAGCAGAUGAAUUGAUUUCUGAUAUGUAAGAAAGGCUCCUCCGGAAUCUCAUAUUAGCAUCUAUUUACCCUCCUUUUCUCAA